AAGAAACGAAGAUUCAGGUGCUAAAUGCUGUGUCAGGGUAGAGGGAGGAGGGAUGGAGGGGGCGACUGCCCAGCUGAUGUCAGAAUUUCAAAUGAGCAGGGUCUCACGCAGUCUCUACUGACUUCACUGCAGGGGCUGUCACAGGUCCAGACCACCCCAUUUGAGGGGGGAGUCUGCCUGGGACUCAGCUACUUCCAGCUCCUUUGGGGAGGGCUCUAGCCCAGACUCUGGAUGCCUGCAAUGGGGAAGGGCAGGCAGUGAAACGUUAACAGUGGGGGUGUGCACAGGGGCUGCAGGCAGCAGCCAGGCUCCCCCACUGGCCAGACAGUUGGUAUACGCCAGGAUCUGAGCUGCUCCUUCUAGCAUCCUUCAUCCUUCAGGUAUCAGCCAGUGCUGGAGCUGCAGAAACAGGGACCAGCCCUCCACUGGCCUCUGCCCUGACCCUCCCCAGCGGCCUUCUCUGUAUUAGCUGCUUCUGCUGCUGCGUCAGAUACUCUCAGCUGCAACUCCCUGCAAGGUGGGGUACCCAUCUCAGGCAGAAGGUUUUGGUGCACCCCACUGAUCAGAUUCCUCAGGACUGUCGCUGCCUGUGGCCUCAGGAUGAAAGGGGAGACCCCUGUGAACAGCACUAUGAGUAUUGGGCAAGCCCGCAAGAUGGUGGAACAGCUUAAGAUCGAAGCCAGCUUGUGCCGGAUAAAGGUGUCCAAGGCAGCAGCAGACCUGAUGACUUAUUGUGAUGCCCACGCCUGUGAGGACCCCCUCAUCACCCCUGUGCCCACUUCGGAGAACCCUUUCCGGGAGAAGAAAUUCUUCUGUGCUCUCCUCUGAGCUGCCCUGAUCCUCUUCACAACUCUUCACCUUUCCUUCUCCCGGGCCCUUCCUUAUUUAUGUCAGUAACUGUCGUGAGCCCCCGAGGACCCCUGCAUCCCACCCCUAGCCCUUGCCCAACUCUGUGAGGUUAUCCGAAGCCCAAGCCCUCCGUCACCUGUCUGCCGACUCCACUUCCUCGCCCCCUGUGGCAGACCCAAAGCACCCUGUGACUCGGGGCACCCGUACUCCACCCACAGAAGGGCUGUCAGACUCUGUCAGCGUCCCGCCGGCUUCCCUCUGUGACCUGCUCAGACAAUGGAGAGAGGGAUGGGCUGGGUGCUUGCUCUCAAUCUCACCUUGGAGCUAUUGGGAGGCUAAAGCCAUGUGAAGAAUAAAGUCAUCCAGAGUCUCAGAGGA